AUGUCUACUACGAAAUGUUAUCAGUGUGUGAAAAGCGUAAAUAUGGAGGAUGCAGUGCAAUGUGAUGGGUGUAAACGACACUUGUGUUUUACUUGUAGUGGACUUACUAGCAGUGAAAUCAAAGUAAUGGGCCUAAAAACCAAACGUACAAUGCUGUUCCUAUGCAAACCAUGUCGCGAGGGGCUGUUUCAAGUACCGAUUUUAAUAAAAGCUGUUGAUGCAUUGCGGGAUGAAGUACAGCAGUUGCGAUUGGAACUGGCAUCGAAAUCUGGCCUAACUGAUGCCACUUCUGCUUCAAAAACCGUCACGUCCGAUGUUAUAGCGGAAAUACGUGAGCGGGAGCGCAGAGCGUGCAAUAUUUUGAUCGCGGGCACCAAGGAAUCUGAGGCGGAAGAUGUGCAAAUACGCCAGAAACAUGAUGAAAAUGUGGUGAACAAUAUUAUUAGAAAUCUAAACGACGAAAUAUCCCCAAGUGAUGUGCUUAAAAUUAUAAGGCUAGGAAAAAGAGAAACAGGCAAGACUCGUUUGCUCAAAGUAGUGUUUAAGUCUCGCUGGGUAGCUGUCAAGGCACUUCAAAACAAACAAAAGUUGAGCAAACCGUUGCAAAUCUACUGUGACCAAACACCAAAACAAAGAGAGGCCCUACAGGCUCUGCGUACCGAACUGCUGGCUAGGCAAGAGAAGGAGACUUGGCUCAAAAGCAUAGACAAGGGAGCCAGCAUUUCGAUUCCAGGUUACACACUAUACAGAUUAGACAGAAAAAUAAUUCCUGGAGGAAAAUCAAGAGGUGGUGGUGUAGCAGUUUAUGUACGGAAAUUCAUUAAUAAUGUACCAAUAGUUGUAAAAAAAAAUAGUGCAUACAUGAGCGAAUUGACAGAAGCAUUAUAUCUUGAUAUUCAACUAAAAUCACAUCACUUUCUCUUAGUGGUUAUAUACAGAGCGGACAAUGACAAGGAAUGGAAUAUUAAGGACAAAAUACUAUAUGAAAACUUAAGUACUGCAUCUGCACACAACACCAUGGUCAUAGUUGGGGAUUUUAAUUACAGGGACAUUGUUUGGCCUCUUUCUUAUAAACAGAGCUUGCAUGACUCAGCUCAGCUCUUUCAAAAAUUCUACUUUGACUCAGCUCUAUGCCAACUUGUCACUGAGCCAACCCGCUAUCAAUCCGGAAAUAUUCCCUCACUACUGGAUUUGGUAAUGACAAAUGAGGAAGAUCUUAUCUCAGGCAUUACCAACUCAGCUCCAAUUGGUAAAAGUGAUCACUGUGUAAUUGAAUUUCAAAUUCAAUACCUCAUCUCAAGCCCUUCAGCGCAAGGAUUAUUUAGACGUGCUUUACAUAAAAUAAACUAUGAGAUUGUUAAUGCAGAGCUCAAAAACAAGCUAUGUAGUCAUGACUGGAGUAAAUCAGUUGAUGAACAGUGGAUGGCCCUGAAGGAUGAAGUGGAAAUUGUUUUAGACCGACAUGCUCCUCUCAAUAUGGUUAAAAAAAAGAAAAAUCUAAAUAAACCCUGGAUAAAUGCUUCCAUUGUUGAAUUGACAAAACAGAAAAAGAUUUUAUGGGACUCAUAUGUGGCAGACAAGAAAUGCGAUACAAAAUAUAAGGCAUACAGAGACUGCAAUAACAGGUGUGUUAGUGAAGCAAGAAGACUUAGAAGUCUUUACGAAGCCAAGAUUGUCGAGAGUGGAAACAAACCCUUCUAUACUCACCUACGCAGUUGCAUGGCUUCUAAAGUUGGUCUGCCGCCUGUGGUACGUGAUGAACUUGGCAAUCUUGUGGUUGAAGGGUCUAAAAUUGCCGAAGCAUUUGCUUGUGAAUUUGAGAAAACAUACUCAUUGGAACCUGACCUUAAUAAUAUUUCCAUACCUAUACCAAGAGUUAAAAACUCCAUAGAUGACAUCAAGUUCACAUCACAGGAUGUGCUUAUGGUUCUCAAGUCCCUAAAUGUAAACUCUGCUACUGGGCCUGAUAAUGUCCCUGGAGUAUUUCUCCAAUCAUGCGCUGAAACCAUCACACCUGUCUUGGUCAAUAUUUUGAAUGAAUCAUAUGCUUCAGGUGAGAUACCAAAAGACUGGAGACAUGCUAUAGUAACACCUGUUUUUAAAAAGGGUGAUAAAUUAGAUCCAGCUAACUACAGGCCAAUCAGCUUAACUAGUAUUGUUUGCAAAUGUAUGGAGAAGAUUAUAUGUAAAAAAGUAAAAAAAUUCCUAGCAAAUGAGAAAAUUAUUCCGGAUAACCAGCAUGGUUUUGUGGAACGGCGCUCGACUACAACUAACCUUCUUUCCUGCUACCACAGAUGGACUGAGGAACUUGAUAAACAUAAUCCCUUGGAUAUAUUCUACCUGGACUUUGAACGGGCCUUUGACAAGGUACCACACAGACGUCUUUUGGUUAAAUUGGAACAUCUGGGUAUCCGAGGAAAUCUUCUGAAAUGGAUCAAAAAUUAUCUGAGUGGAAGAACCUUUCAGCAUGCAUCAUUAGGAUUUAGGGGCUUGUAUAAUCUUGAGGUUUGCUGA